AUGAGCGUGGAGAUCCUGGAUGGGAGCACGGUGCGGAGCUUCGUGGAGGACGAGCGCGCCUUCAACUCCACGGUGGACGGUCGCUUCGCCGCGCUGGACGCCGACCACGACGGCCUGCUCACCUACGCCGAGAUGGCCGGGGAGCUCAUGAGCCUACGCGUGCUGGAGAGGCACUUCGGCGUGGACGAGGCCGCGGUGGCGCUGGAGGAGCUCGGGGCGCUCUACCGCGGCCUGUUCGCACGGUUCGACAGGGACGGCAGCGGCAAGGUGGACCGGCACGAGUUCCGCGCGGAGAUGAAGGAGGUGAUGCUCGGCGUUGCCAACGGGCUCGGCUUCCUCCCCGUGCAGAUGGUCAUCGAGGAAGGCAGCUUCCUCAAGGUCGCCGUCGACAGGGAGCUCGGCCAGCUCGCCAAAGCUGCGUAA